AUGGAAGCGAUUCCAUCAAAGUAUCAGUUAAUAGUGAUAUUGUUGUACACAAUAACAGCUUUGUUUGCUUUAUUCUCCAAUGUGUUCACUAUUGUGGUACUAUUGAUGGCUAAGAAGACAUCACCCGUACUCAGCAAAUACCUCAUCACACUAUCGGUGUCCGACAUAAUAAUGGCCACAUUCUCGAUGCCCUUCUCGUACACCAUAUUCAUGUACGGCAAGUGGCUCUUCCACCCGGCCUUCUGUCCCGUUGUCCUAUCCAUUCAUGUCUUCUCCGUAUUUGUCAGCAUUUAUAUACUGAUAGCCAUUGGAAUCGACAGAUACUAUGCGAUCGUACGACCGCUCGAUAGACAAAAUUGGCUCAAAAACUUUCCCCGCAUUACGAUUGCCAUCAUCUGUAUGUCCGGCCUCUGCCUCUCGUUGACCACGUAUUACAAUAGCAAAGCCGUGAAGUUUACGCACAAUAAUCGGACCCAUUAUGACUGUCGAGAGACGUGGGACAACAGCUCGGGUCGCGUCUACACGAUUGUCAUGUUUUGCGUCACGUUUGCCGUUCCCGUAGCUGUUCUGGUCUUUGUCUACUCCCGUAUGGCGUACGCCGUCUGUCACCGAGAGUUCAGCCAAAAUCUCAGCAAUCAUUUAAAGAGACAAAAGAUUCAGGUAAUCCGAUUGUUAAUAAUAGUGGUGAUUGCGUUCAUCCUGUGCUGGACAGGCAUUCAGACGUUCAGUUUGAUUGUAUGGCUGUUUCCCAAUAUAUUGAAGUUUAAUACAAGAGCUAAAUAUUACGGUUAUGUUAUAUCGUAUCUACUCUUACACUGGAUAUCGAUGUUUCACUCGACUGUCAAUCCGAUUGUCUAUUCAUUUUUUAGCGACAAUUUUCGGUCGGACUUAAAAAGUGCAUCAAAGAGAUUAUGGCUUAAUAAGCGAUUACUCGUGAGGUUUGGCCCAAACAGUGGCAGUAAGUCUUCGCAGACCUCCCAGAAGACACUCUACACUAACAUAUCAUUAAGAAGUGACCAAAAGGAUGGUAUCGUUGACGACCCCAUCAAAGAUAACUUACUUUAA